CUCUUCACCGUCCUGUAAAAAUAUUUCAAUUCACAAUAUUAUUGUCUCACCCAAAAUUAUCUUACGAGUUUGGAUCAUUAUUCAUCAGGUUUUCAUCAUUCAUAAACGACCAAAAAAUCACAAAAUUGUUAAAAUUCGAACGACCAAUAUCGGUUUGCCGCACUGAUUUCUUCGAUGCAAAGAGGUUACGUCUGUCGUUGGCGUAUGCACUGUGCGCUCCCAGAUGAUAAGUUCAUUCCAGAUGGCUAUUAAUGAUUAAUCCACAUUCCAUGACGUAUUUUAAAAAUAACCGUCGUCGGCCGUAUGGACUAGCGAGUAGGGACGUAGGGUUCUAAUUUUUGUUUCAGUAUUGAAGUAUUCUGAUUUCUGCCAAUUUCUUCAUCGUCAACUUUACAUUAUAGUAUUAAAUAGGUAUUCUGUAUUUGAGUAUUUUCUGACUCAACUUCUUUUCCUGAGAUCCUUAUUUUCAAUAUCACAUCUUCCGCUUCAUUAAUUUAUAGUCUUCAUCGAAAAUGAGUAGUUACGCACUCAAGUCAAAAGAAAACAGAAUACAGAGGCCACGACCGCCGCCGGUAACCGCCGCGGCUUCUAAUGUGGCUUCGUCCGCGCCCCGUCGCACCGUGGGUUUCGGGACGACCACGAACACCGUCACGGUUGCUAAACCGAUUGGUGCGCAGUACCGUCGAUCCGUGUCUACAACUAUUAACAAGACACCGGAUCUACUACACCCUCCCAAGUUUGGCGGCCAACAGCUCUCCAACCGCAGUUGCAAGCCGGACAUCACUAAAAAUCUGCCCUCCAAAACCGUUCAAAAACCACCGUCACAGCCGUGUGAACCGGUGGCCCAGUCAAGGGUUCCCCCCAAAGAAAUAUUUAAAAUUCCAACUGUUGCUAAUAUACCAAAAAAAGCUACACAAGUGGCCAAUCCACCUACAACAGUCAAUCAACUCCAGAACAAUUUGAAGGCAGCCACCCUUGAUGAAAAACCUUCUACUGAUCAACAAAACAAUAAAAACAUGGGACUAACAGAUAAAAAAAAUGAAAUGAAAUGGACAUUGGAAAAUUUUGAUAUUGGUAAAGCAUUGGGAAAAGGAAAAUUUGGAAAUGUGUAUCUUGCCAGAGAAAAGAGUUCUGGAUUUAUUGUUGCUCUUAAAGUUUUAUUUAAAACGCAAAUUUUAAAAGCAAAUGUUGAGCACCAGCUCAAAAGAGAAAUUGAAAUUCAAACACAUCUAAGGCACCCUAAUAUUGUACGUAUGUUUGGUUAUUUCCAUGAUGAUGCUAGAGUAUAUAUGAUCCUAGAAUAUGCACCUAAACAGCUGUACAAAGAAUUGCAAGCUCAAGAAAAUCAACGUUUCUCUGAAGAUAGGGCAGCAUUUUAUAUUAAGCAAUUAACAGAAGCGUUGAUUUAUUGCCAUGAUAAAAAUAUUAUACAUCGUGAUAUAAAACCAGAGAAUCUUUUACUUACCAAAGGAGGUGACUUGAAAAUUGCUGAUUUUGGGUGGUCCGUACAUACACGGGAUUCAAAGCGCAUGACAUUAUGUGGAACCUUGGACUAUUUGCCACCAGAAAUGGUGAGUGGAAACUCUCAUGACAAAUCAGUCGAUGUUUGGAGCGUAGGUGUAUUAUUAUAUGAGAUUUUAGUUGGCAAACCACCUUUUGAAGCUUCGACGUAUGAAGAAACGUAUAAAAGGAUAUUAAAUGCUCAAUAUAUUUUCCCGCAACAUGUUGCUCCACUGGCUCGAGAUCUCAUAUCACGUUUAUUAAGAGUGAAACCAGAGACUCGUUUACCUCUCAAAGAUCUGUUACUACAUGACUGGAUAAAAAUACACACAAACCUCUAAAAGUAACAAAUAGUCUUAAGAAUUCAAUUUUAUGGAAUAUAUUUUGUAUGUAAUUAUUUAAAAAAAAAUUAACUAGACUUUUUAAUGAAUUUAAUUUAUCUAUUAUAUUUGUUAUUGUGGUAUUUUAAAAAGUGUAAUUAAACAAAAUAAUUGUAUUGUUAAGACUUAGCAUUAAUGACAUUUUUUUGUGUAUAACAUUUUUUUGUUCUAUUUUAAAAGCCCCUAAGUCUUAAUUUGAUAGUUUUAUUAUACUUUAAGACAUGAAUUGUCUCAUAUUUUAUUUAAACUAUCAUUAUAUUUUACUACACUUAUAUUAUAUACUAUAUGCUAAGGAAAAUUAAAGUUUGCAAUAGUUCUUUAAUUAUGCAGGUAUGAAAAAAAAAUUUGGAUACUUUCUCAUAAUUUAAUUUUUACAUUGGUGAAGUUGAUAUAUUUCUUUUCUAUAUAAAAAUAAGUCCACACUAAACUGUGAUUUAUAAUAUAUACCUAUUCAUUAAAAAAUAUAAUUUUAAUGUGUACAUACUAAUAGUAUAUUAUUUUUGACAUUCUGUAGUUUUUAACAUGUUCUAAAUCAAAAUAUUUUUAUGAUGGAUGCUAAUAAAAUAAAUAC